GGUGGACUGGGACAGCAGGUGGUGUUGGAAGGAAACAGGCUGGUGCUGACCUGCCUGGCCGGAGGCAGCUGGCCUCUGCAGUACCGCUGGACUCUCAACAACAGCAAUGUCACCGACUGGACACCGCAGUACAGGUUGCCUGUCCAGUCUCUGAAGAGGACUGAUGCUGGUCUGUAUCAGUGUAUGGUGAGGAACAGGAUGGGAGCAGUCAUACACAGGAGAACGGAGGUGCAGGUGGCCUUUAUGGGGAACUUCUCCGCUGAGGAGCAGAGAAAGACGGUGACUCAGGGCCGAGCAGCCGUCAUCAGCCAGCCUCCCCUCGCCUCUUUCCCCCGACCCCUCGUCACGUGGUACAAAGACGGACACAAGAUAAUCCCCAGCAGUCAAAUUGCAAUCACUUUGGACAAUCAGCUGGUCGUUUUGGCGACCACUGCGGUGGACGCUGGACGUUACCAUGUGGAGGCCGUGAACGAGAUGACAGGAGAGAAUGUGACAAGUCCUGCUGUCUACUUGAGCAUCUCAGUUGGCAAGAAGAACCGCGGGUCAACAGAUCCUGAAUCAGAGCUUGUGGCUCCGGCGAUUGUGAUUGGACCUAAAGACACAACGGUGGUGGCAGGCAGCGAGGCGACACUGGAGUGCAUUGCUAAUGCCAGACCGAUUGACAGCCUUGUGGUAUCAUGGAAACGUGAGGGGCGUCGUCUGGCCAGUGGGCGUCGGCUCAUUAUUCCUGCCCCCACCUCUUCUGACACAGGAUUAUAUGUUUGUGAAGCGUUGCUUAGCAACAGCACUGCCAAACCUGUGGAGGCAAGGGCACACCUCACUGUAAUGGAGCCUCCAUCUCUGACUGCUCAACCUAAGAGGAAGAUUGUGGCUGACCUCGACAGGAAUGUAGAUAUUCCCUGCCUGGCUACAGGCGUGCCCCAGCCCAGGAUAGAGUGGUAUAAAGACACGGUGCCUCUCUCCAAACUGGCCAACCCUCGCUACAAGGUGAACGCAGCGGCCGGGCUGACGGUGCGCCGGGUGCAGCCAGGAGACGGAGGAAUAUUCCAGUGCUUCGCUCGCAAUGCUGCUGGAGAGACUCAGGCACACGCACAACUCCUUGUCUCUAGUGUUGCCCCCACAUUUACAUUCCCACCAUCUGACCAAACAGUAACUGACGGGAACACGGCCAUGUUUAUGUGCCAGACGAGCGGAGCUCCGAAACCUGCCAUCACAUGGAGGAAAGGAUCUCAGGUCUUAGCUAGCGGCUCCGUCCAGGUUCCUGGGUUCACACUGUUGCAGUCAGGUGGUUUGCUGAUUCAGCCAAUCAGCUCCCAGGACUCAGGAGAAUACACAUGCAUCGCCUCCAACUCCGAGGGAAGCAUCAACGCCACCUCUUCGCUCACCGUCUGGAGUCGUACAGUCAUUUCUGUGCCGCCAUCAGACCAGCGAGUUAUCAAAGGAACCACUGCUAUACUGGACUGUAAUGCCACACACGACCCCAGGGUCAAUAUCAGCUUCAAGUGGGAUCGAGGUGGGGUGCUGGUCCGGCCCACCAGUGGCGGCCGUGUGUCCAUGCGCCAGGGCUCCCUCACUAUUGGCCAGACGUGGUCAGGUGACAUUGGGGAUUAUACCUGCACCGUGACAUCAAAGGCUGGCAAUGAUUCUCGCUCCGCACGCCUCGAAGUCAUUGAGCUGCCACACUCUCCUCGCUCCCUGACGGCUCGUCUCAAUGACUCUGACUCCCGCUCCGUCCUCCUGUCCUGGCUCCGCCCUUUUGAUGGGAACUCCCCACUUCUCUACUACCUACUGGAGCUCUCAGAGAACAACUCGCCAUGGAAGGUCUACCUAUCAGAAGUCGAUCCCGUGGUGUCCGAGGUAUCAGUAGGCGGGCUCACACCUGCCAGGACCUAUCAGUUCAGGCUUUGUGCUGUCAAUCAAGUGGGCAGGGGUCAGUACAGCGCCGAGACACACAGAUUGAUGCUGAGAGAGGAGGCACCAAGCGCUCCUCCAAAGAAUAUUGUGGCCAGUGGGCGGACAAACCAGUCCAUCAUGGUCCAGUGGCAGCCUCCGCCAGAACCCCAGCUCAAUGGAGUCCUCCGAGGAUAUGUGCUGAGGUACCGUCUGGCAGGGCUGCCAGGGGACUACCAGGAGAAGAACAUUAGCAGCCCAGAGACCAACUACUGUCUGUUGAAAGAUCUGAUCAUCUGGACACAAUACCAGAUCCAGGUGGCUGCCUUCACUGGAGCCGGCCUGGGCGUCUACAGCAGCCCUGUCACUGAGUACACUCUGCAGGGAGUUCCCACAGCACCUCCGCAGGAAGUGGAAGUUUUAGCUAUCAACUCGACUACCAUCCGCUUCACAUGGAACCCCCCGCCUCAGCAGUUUAUUAAUGGCAUCAACCAGGGAUACAAGGUGACACUGCAUUGUGUUGUGUGUAUGUUAGAACACUGUGUGCAAUUUAAAAAAAAAAACUGUUCAAACAAUCUUGUAACAAUCAAAAUUAUUUGUUAUAUGUGUGGGAUCACCUGUAUUGAAUGAGAAAUUAAA